CCUAACGCUUUCUCUCUCUAAACCUACGUCUCCCUCUCUUUCUCUCUCUAACUAUCCUUCAUAUCGCUCCUCUUUAGUCAUCGAAGUCAACAAAAGCAAUAAUCUUUUUUUAUUUUCGGCAAAAGGGUACCCAAAAGCAACAAUCUUUUUGCUCUUCUUUCUCUCUUGUUGCCGAUAGAUAUCUUAUCUUUGGCUGUACAACAAUGGCGUCGUCGUCUUCUUCCUGUGCGAGAGAGGUUCAUUACAGGGGAGUUCGGAAGCGGCCAUGGGGUCGUUACGCGGCGGAGAUAAGAGAUCCGUCGAAGAAAACUAGGCUUUGGUUAGGAACCUUCGACACUCCCGAACAAGCGGCCUUAGCCUAUGAUGGAGCCGCUCGGUAUCUCCGAGGCAUCAGGGCCAAGACCAACUUCCCUUCCCCUCUCUCCCUCGACCUUAACUACUACUCCUCCGCCGCCACCGCCGGAAACAACCACCGUCCCUUCUGGAUCUCCGGUGUUCCUCCACCUCCUCCUCCCCCUCGUCCCAUCCCUCUCGCCGGCGAGUUUCUCCGGACGGGUCUUCUCUUAGAGCAAGCUCCCGCUGUCUCCGCCGCUUUGGUGUCGCCGGGAUGUUCGGUAGUUGAGUUUCCGGCGGUGGGUUCAUCCGUUCCGGCGGGGGGUAGACGUGGGUUACCGAUAGAUUUGAACGAACCGCCGCCAUUGUGGCUGUGAAGCUGUGCGGACGUUGAACAACGCCGUUCUGUAACAUUGAGUUCCUAACGCGGCAUUAUCACUUACAAUUACUACGCUUUCUUAUAAAUAAAUCCGUUUUCUAGUAGAUUUUUAUAAUUUCUUUUCCAUCUCUAGGGUUUGGUUUCCUUAGCCAUGCAGAGAAUGUAAGCCACGGAAUAGAUAAUGAUAGUAGUAUUAAAUAUUUAUGUUGAAAAAAAUCAUUUCUAACGCUAUAAAC